AUGAUCUCCGCGCCUCCGAUGAUGCAAGCCCCGGCGGCUUCAAGCUUCGCUCGGGCCUCGCGCUGUUCCUCCCGAAGGGCGACGGUCCGGUGCGCGGUGACCGUCGCGGCGGCUCCGGUCGGAAGCUGCACGCUCUACGAGGUGCUGGGGCUGCGCGCCGGCGCGUCGGGCGGCGAGAUCAAGGCCGCGUACCGGCGCCUGGCGCGGGAGCUGCACCCGGACGUGGCCGGCGCGGCCGGCGACGACGACUUCAUCCGGCUCCACGACGCCUACGCCACGCUCUCCGACGCGGACGCCCGCGCGCGCUACGACCGCGACGUCGUCGCCAACGCCUACGCUCAGCCGCCCGCCUCCAGGCCGUCGCCGCACAGCGUCUGGGGCCGGCCUCGACGCACCUGGGAGUCCGACCAGUGCUGGUAGAUAGACCCGACCUUGAUCGGCAGCUUUUGGUCCUUGCGAAUAGUACCUCACUUGACACAAUCGGCGCCCCGGGCUCUCUAGCCGCCGUGCGACCAUGGCCGCUCACCAUAGAAUUUUUGUUACGGUGACCCACCCAUGCGUCUGUACAUGUAACCUCCUCUUCCUCCUUGCUUUUCUGAUUUCUGAAUGCUUCAGAAACAUAGAUAUGUAGGAUCAACAUAUGUAUUACUGGAGUAUGCAAUAGCAGCAGCAGUCUGAUGUUCGCUGUGACCAAAAUUUAA